GGCAGCACGCAUUUGUUCAUUCACUCAGUCACUCAGUCAAAUUGUCGGUAGAGUCCCUCCCUCCGCACAUGACCCAUCGGACCGUCCAAUGCCACGCCACAUGGACCCACCCACCCACCACCAUGUAUCACGCUGGGUUGAAAUCAGCCACGCACACGCACGCGUCGAAAAGAAGGACCGACGGGAGAAAGCAGGCAGGCAGGCAGGCAGGCAGAGGCGGGGUCUUGCAUGGUAUGUUGACUUAGUCGAAGAGUGAGAAGCCCAUGUCCUCGUCCUCCUCCUCUUCCUCCUGUGUGCAGCCAACCACACCACAGACAGACAGACAGACAGUAUGAGGGCAGCCUGUGUGUGUGUGUGUGUGUGUGUGUGAGGUGAGUGGUGGCUGGUCUGACCUCCUUCUUCUCUUCCUCCUUGGCCUCCUCCGCCGCGACAGCUGCGCCACCUGCGCACACACACAGACACGCAAUACACAGAGGGUGAGAGCAUCAGGUUGUCGUUCGCCGAUCGGUCAGCGCCUGGAUGAGCGUGUGUUGUUUGGUCCUUACCUGCGGCAGGUGCAGCUCCUCCAGCAGCGACAGCAGCUCCGCCACCGCCACCAGUGGGCACAGACUGGAGCUUCGUCAGACCAUCAGCAAUCACCUGAAUUGAACACACCACACCGUCGCACAAACACAAGUGUGCCCACACAGCGACACCCCCAGUGACGUGUUUCACGCAGAUCUUUCCUCCCCUCGCUUCCCCUGCCCUCCCACCGACCUCGUGAGGUGACUUGCCCUCCAUCUCGCUGAGAAGCUUCUCCAGGAUGUCCGAGUCGACGUCGAUGGCCACCGACGACAGGAUGUUCUCGAUGUCGGACGCGGACGGGCUCUCGUUGCCGCCCAGCACCGCCAUCAGAUACGCAGCAACGUACUUCAUCGCCAUUUUGACGCAGAGCGAGGCGCAGAUCAGAUCUGCC